GGAGGGAUUUGGGGGGAUAGAGGGGCAGAGAGAGAUUUAAGAAUUGAUAGGUGGUCGAGUUUUGUUUGGACGAGUGGAUAACCCUAAGCAGAGUGGAGGAGUCUCAUUCCCCUUCUCAUAUGGGAUUAUUGCCAGCAAUGGACAGAGGGAGCAAAGUGGCCCAGCGGAUGGCGUUUCGUGCACGGAGCAUCGCAAAGAGACGCUCACGUCUUUAAUUAUCACUUCAGGCAACCUUUAAAAAACAGUUUGACAGCGACGAGAGAGUUAUCCAAGUGUUAAAGAGACACCACAGUGGUCAUAUCCAAAAAAGAGGCGCAACCAUGACGACAGAAAGCUCCCACCAACAUUUGGAUCCAUCUAAUCCCUCACGGUGCAACCAAGCGGCCGGUGCUCUGAAUGCAACUCUGCUGAGCGCACAGCCAGUGAUGGAGAGCGCGCACACUGCAUCAGCGAAAGGAAAGAAGGGAAACUCGGGCUUGAGGCGCCCAGAAAAGCCACCGUACUCUUACAUCGCCCUCAUUGUGAUGGCAAUUCAAAGCUCGCCGACUAAAAGACUCACUUUGAGUGAAAUCUAUCAGUUUUUGCAGGCCCGCUUCCCUUUCUUUAGGGGUUCAUACCAAGGAUGGAAGAACUCCGUGAGACACAACCUGUCUCUGAAUGAGUGCUUCAUAAAGCUGCCCAAAGGACUCGGUCGGCCUGGCAAAGGACACUACUGGACCAUAGACCCGGGGAGUGAGUUCAUGUUCGAGGAGGGCUCCUUUCGCCGUAGACCUCGGGGAUUCCGCAGGAAAUGUCAAGCCCUGAAGCCCAUGUACAGGAUGAUGAAUGGUAUCGGGUUCGGUGCGUCCAUGCUGCCACAAAACUUUGAUUUCCAGUCGCCUCCAGGCUCAUUAACGUGCCAUGGCAGUUACAACAUAGACUUGAUGGGUAAUCCAGUGCCAGGUGGUUUUGAGGGACUCGCAGGGGGUCACCACGUCCCCCACAUGUCAUCGAGCUCCGGGUCAUCGUACAUGGCUGCGUGUCAGGCGGCCUCGAACGCGGACUAUUGCCCGGACAGCAACAGCAGCCCGCUGCAGUCCUCUGCAGCGAUGGUGGGACCUCUGGACUGUCAGUCGCCUUACGCAAAUGCAGCCUCACACUGGAGUUCACCUGGCGUGGCUUCAUACAUGAAACAGCAGUCACUGGCAUCAAGCAGCCCCACGUCCUCCGCACUGCACACGGGGAUGUCGUCGUAUUCUCUGGACCAGGGUUAUCUGCACCAUAACGCACGAGAUUCUUCUGAUAUUUCAGUGGGUCUGUCUCGAUAUUCCAGCCACUCAGCUCCUGUGUGUGACAGGAAGGACUUCGUCCUGAACCUGAACGGAAUCUCUUCCCUCCAUCCCAGCAGCGGAGGAUCUUAUUACCAUCAGCUCCAUCACCAUCACCAGAGUGUGUGUCAGGACGUGAAGCCCUGUGUCAUGUGACAGCAAAGAUAAAAAAAAACAACAACUGUCCACUGAUGAAUCAAACACUUCUUUUAUUACAGUAUCUUUAUUUUCUAAAGACUCAGACUUCAUUUGAGUUCAUUUUGACCUUUAAACCGUUUAAUGGCGAGUGUGAUAAUAUGAGGGCUUGUUGUGACACUUUCUCAGAACAUGAAGCAUAAGCAGUAUUUACAUUUCUUUAAUUGAAAACUAGAACACUUUUUUGUUGUUUACCUUUAUGUUUAUUUGCGCACUUAACUUUCUUUUCUUGAUGUUACCCGAAAGAUGUUCUACGUCAUUAAAGAGAUUUAUUUUCA